AUGAUCUCCAAGCCCAAGCAGAAGGACCCUCGUCACUCCGACUCCGUGGCAGCCCGCAACCGCGCCCGGCGCAUCGGCCACCUGCGUCGCCACCUCGCAGACCCGGAGACCCCCUUGCGCGACGCUUACGCCACCGAGCUCGAGGCCCUCCUCAAGGUCCAGGACCAGCCUCACGCAGCCCCGUCGGGCACCAUCGCGCGCGCCAUCGGCCGGCUCCGAAACAUCGACGCGCUUCGCCGCCUCGCAAACACUCCCAACAACCCCCGCCGCGAAAAGCACGCCGACGAGCUCCGCCGUGCUGAGGCUGCGCAAGCGCGCUACGAGCGUUAUUGUGCGCACAUUCCACAGCCUGCACGCAAGGCCCCGAACAAGACGGCACCCAGAGCCUCGCACAAUACGUUGCCCAAGAUCGCCGUCAUCGAUGCCAGCUCUGCCUGUAACACCGUGACGGUCUCGUUCGGUGAUGGCACCGUCGUGAACGCCCAGCAGGUUCAUGGGUCCAAGUCGCAGUCGUGGGUAACAUAUCGGAAAGCGUUGGCCCGGCCCCGCCCAUCGAUGCACCACCCCCUAAUCCGCGCCAUUACGACGACGUCGGUCGCCGUCGGCUCGCUGGUGAACCUCGAGACGUGGAUAUGA